CUCAAACGGGUUCUGUGUGGAUGCCAUCUACUGCUGCCUCGAAAUUGUGAUCACGCCUACCAUGCAGCCAUGGGUCGUUGCCAUGGCUUUGGCGACCCUGAUGUGCUUUACCUCAACCUGCUACUUUUUUCAGAUCCCCGAGGAGAUUCGCAAGAAAGAAAGUUCCCAGGCAGCUGCGCUGGGCAUUUGGGGCCCUCCCGAUGCAGAGUUCAAUUGGUGCGAAGAGGACUAUCAGCUGUCUGAGUGGAUUGCAGAGCCCGUGAACACAGCCUCCUGCGUCGCCAUGAUUUUGCUGCCGCUCCUGUUUUUGGCCACGCAUGAGGCAACUGGGGAUGUGGUCACCAUUGCCUGCAUGGAAGUUGUGAUUGCAAUUGGCAGCAUGCUAUUCCAUGCAACUCUGCGGUAUUCGAUGCAGUUGGCAGAUGAAAUUCCAAUGAUUUGGUAUGUAGCUGCUGUUGUUUGCAGCUGCUUGAAACGCCUCAAGGGACUCAACGUCCACUUCUGGGCUUACGGUUGGGUUGCCAUUCUCAGCAUCGUGAUUAUAGCAACAGAACAACAUUCAUUGCUUCAUGAGAUUUUCCGUGGGCUUAUGACCCUCUCUUUCAGCAGUGGCCUCGUGGUGAUAGGCUGGGGCAUCUCUGCCAUGGCUUCGCGGCUGGCGGCUCGGGAAGACAAGGGCCGACGUGCUGGCAAAGCAGCAGCGAGAGUCCUGCAAGCAGCUUUGCUGAUGUUUGCCCUCUCAGUCGUCAGUUGGCUCCUCGACAACUAUCACUGCACCAGACUACGCCAUUUGCCAGGUGGCAUCCCUUAUCCACAUCUACAUACUUGGUGGCAUGUAUUCAUUGCCGUGACACUGCAUUGCAUAAUGGUUUUGCUGCACAUGGAUUCAUAUCGGCAUUCUGCUCACCUGGAUUUGCGCUUCCUGGCUGGUCUUCCCGUGGUGCAUGCUUGAGACACUUGCGCCACGGUAUACUUCUUCCGGGCAUUCAAAGUCCUGCGAGCACAUUGGAGUCGCUCUUGGAGCAUCCAGAGCGGCCGAGAGAUUCUCAGUGGAAAAGGACCCCCUCUACAAAGCUGGGCAAGUCACAGGCAAGUCCGGUCAUUUGGACCCAUCUCGCAGCAAAAAGUGCGGCAAGAUGGUGAUUUAUCCUCUCUAGGUGUGCUAUGUUUGGGUCGGGCCAGGAAACCAGCUGCUGAUUGACUGAUUGGAGGAUGGCAACGACCUGCGGCCGACGGCUGUUGGAUCCUUUUUGGCACCGCAAG